UCACGAUUUUUUUCUACUAUCAAAAGCUCUCCAUUGCUCGUUACCAAGUAGGUUUUUUGUGCUACCAAAAAGUGUGCGUGUCAAAGAAGGUUGCUCAUCGGUCAGACCUGUUCGCUGCGCGUACAAACCUGUUUUGCGUUUUCCACUGUUUCACUCAUUAGCUGCGUUGAUUUGAUGACGUCACAAAAGAAAAACGCGCGUAACUACACUGGUUAGCUGCGCACGUUGUCAACUACAUUGCAUGAUUUUGGUGUUAAACAUACUUCGUUUGGGAAGUGUACUUCAUGAGAGCAAUUAUUAAUUUUACACAAAACAUUUGGCGAAAAACAAAUAACUGUAAUCUGAAUGAUUAUUAACAGAAGCCGAUCAAUUUGUUAGCAUGGCUAACGUGUUCACCCGACGUUAUAGACGUCCGCGGACUACAACGCUGACCGACUUCUCCUGUACAAAUGACCAGACGAAGCAGCGAUCCAUACCGAGGAUUUUCUCGCCAACACGGCGGCAAAAUCCACAUUCGAUAGGUCUGGUGUAUCAGAGCCCGUACAACAAGGAUAAUCACACCUUUGGUAUAUGGAGUCCAGAUUUCAAUCUCUUCCGGUCACGGUUUCCAGAAAUGAGCAACCACAUAGGAACGACGAAUUGGACAUGUUGCCGUGACAGCAGGAAGGUGACACUACCAAGAGCACCAAGUGGAAAACCUCCCGAGAUUCGCUACACUCUGGACUCUACAUCACGCCGUAGCUAUGAGGAGCCAGCCCGGGCAUUCCCACAGCUUAUAGACGCUAAGCAGAAGACUACCCGCUUCGGCAACACGCCUUAUACAUGCACAGUGCCUGCCAGGGGAAUAGUGCCGAAUGUCCUACCACCCAUUGCAACCCCAGAUGAGAACACAGAGAAUGGCAAGAACAACUAG